AUGUCUCAGGAGAGGCCUAAAUUCUACCGGCAGGAGCUGAACAAGACCAUCUGGGAGGUGCCCGAGCGCUACCAGAACCUGUCCCCAGUAGGUUCGGGCGCCUAUGGGUCCGUAUGUGCUGCUUUUGACAAAAAAACAGGAUUACGUGUGGCAGUGAAGAAGUUAUCCAGACCAUUUCAGUCCAUCAUCCAUGCAAAAAGGACAUAUAGGGAAUUGCGAUUACUUAAGCAUAUGAAACAUGAAAAUGUGAUUGGCCUGUUAGAUGUUUUCACACCUGCAAAGUCUCUGGAGGAAUUCAAUGAUGUGUAUCUGGUGACACAUCUCAUGGGGGCAGAUCUGAACAAUAUUGUGAAAUGCCAAAAGCUCACUGAUGACCAUGUACAGUUCCUUAUCUACCAGAUUCUCCGAGGCCUAAAGUAUAUUCAUUCAGCUGACAUUAUACACAGAGACCUGAAACCUAGUAACUUAGCUGUGAAUGAAGACUGUGAGCUUAAGAUCCUAGAUUUUGGACUGGCCCGGCACACAGAUGAUGAAAUGACAGGUUAUGUAGCCACCAGGUGGUAUAGGGCUCCUGAGAUCAUGCUGAACUGGAUGCAUUACAACCAAACAGUUGAUAUUUGGUCAGUGGGAUGCAUAAUGGCAGAACUGUUGACUGGAAGGACACUGUUUCCUGGUACCGACCAUAUUGAUCAGUUGAAGCUCAUUUUAAGACUCGUUGGAACCCCAGGGGCUGAGCUUUUGAAGAAAAUCUCUUCAGAGUCUGCAAGAAAUUAUAUUCAAUCUUUGACCCAGAUGCCGAAGAUGAACUUUGCAAAUGUGUUUAUUGGUGCCAAUCCGUUGGCUGUUGACCUGCUGGAGAAGAUGCUUGUAUUGGACUCGGACAAGAGAAUUACAGCAGCUCAAGCCCUUGCCCAUGGCUACUUUGCCCAGUACCAUGAUCCUGAUGAUGAACCAGUUGCAGACCCCUAUGACCAGUCCUUUGAAAGCAGGGAUCUCCUGAUAGAUGAGUGGAAAAGCCUGACCUAUGAUGAAGUUAUAAGUUUUGUGCCGCCACCGCUUGACCAAGAAGAGAUGGAGUCCUGAAAGCCUGCUUUCUGAAAGCCUGUUCUGUGGAUCGCACGUCACUGUGAGGGAAAGACCUUUUCAUGGGAACUCUCCAAAAUAUCAUUCAAGUGCCUCUUGUU